AUGGUACAGCUUGAAAGCUUAGGGUUUGUUUGUCAGCGUCGGAGCUUCAAUACUACCGGCAACGCGCAAAUUUCUGACCUUCCAAAAUUCUACGAAACACCUGUUUGGGUAGAUGAUUCCAAUGAUGUGGAGGAACUCGAGGCUGCGUCAAAUGACUAUGCCGAUCCGAAGUCUCCAAAUGACAACUUCCUGGUACUAGAUGACGACGACGACGACCAUCAUGGUGAUUCUCAGGGGCCCAAACUUCAAGACCCAUUGUGUUGUCCAACGAGUGAUACUGGAAGCAAAGUUUCAUAUGACCUUUCUCACAUCUGCAGCGUCACACCCGUCUAUGAUCACCUCAAGACUAACGAGUCGUAUGUGUCUGCACUUGCAACUCUGGUUGAUGCUCGAGUGCCGCUAUUUCGUAGUGAAUUAAAAGAUGAUGCUUGUGCACAAGUCACGGUGUACUACCAUCUUGGUCCUGAUUGCGUUGAUACUGCUAAGGCUCUGCUGGCGAGCCAUGUUUACCAUUAUGCGCAGCAUUUUGAUGAGAAAAACAACCCUGUUCCGCAGGCGAAAAAACCUUACUCUGCGGAUAUAUUGCCUUACCUAAUGAAGGGAUGUUACUUCAAUGGGUCCAAGUCAGUUGGCAUGAAAUUCGCAGACCGUUUUAAGGAGAUUGCAGGAAACAAGGCCCAACAGCCUGAGGUAACAAUUCUGAUGGUUGCUUUGACCAGCACUUCAGUGUAUGCUGCACUCUUGUGGAAGUCCAACAAAUCUCCCCCCAAGUUCAAUUUCACAGCCAACCAGUUCAGCGAGGUCUAUGCUUUCCAUGUGAACUUUCUCAACGAAAUGGAGGAGAAUGUGCCGAGCAAGUUUCACAAGUUGAUGGCCGACAUUUUCUCAGCUGUCCAGAAACUCUGCUCUAAUGGUGCUGCUGCUGUAGCGUCACACAAAGAUGCUAUGGCUUUCCUUGACCUUGAUGGCAUGGAUGACAACGAGUAG